AUGGCGUCUUCAAGUAGUGGUUUGACUGAAAGAAAAUUAAUUCAUGUUCCAUCAACAGAUAAUCAUGCUCGAUUUAAUCUUUCACCUGUGCCAAGUGUUGGCGAUGAUGAUGAAGAUGAAGAUGAUGCUUUUGAUCAUCAAACUCGACGUGAUUAUCCUGAUAUAGAUCAAGAUGAUAGUGGUGAAGAAGUUGAUUUAGGUGGUAAUCCACUUGAUACUACAACUACCGUUACUAUGUUUGAUCAUGAUCAUGAAGUUACGAAUGCUUCUGAUCGUAAACAAGAUAAUGGACAAAUGACCAAUGUAGCAUAUGUUGUUCAUAAACAUUAUGAAAAUUUUCAAACAAUCGAUUGGUUAAAAGAUUUAAUGCGUAAUCGUAUUCGUCAUCGUAAUUUACGUGCACAACGAAGACAGAGUUGGAGAAAAAGAUUGGCUUUUUGGUUUGAUGCAUGGAGUGGUUGGAUAUGUGUUUUAUUAGUGGGUAUAUCAGCUGGUCUUGUAGCUGGUUUUGUAGAUGUUGGAGCAAAAUGGAUGAGCCAUUGGAGAACAGGUGUUUGUACACCAGCAUUUUGGCUUAAUCGAGAACAAUGUUGCUGGGGUUCACGAGAUGUUACAUUUGAUGAUGUUCAUAAUGAACUAUGUAGUUCUUGGCAAACAUGGUCAGCUAUCUUUGGUAUGGAUGAAUUACUAGUUAGUGCUUGGUUUUUUCGAUAUUUUAUGUUUAUAUUUUGGUCUGUUAUAUAUGCUACAUUUAUUGUUAUACUUGUUGUUGGUUCUGCACCGUAUGCUAGUGGAUCAGGUAUUCCGGAAAUUAAAACAAUUUUAUCAGGUUUUAUAAUGUAUGGUUACUUGGGUAAAUGGACAUUUUUAAUAAAAAGUAUUGGAAUGAUAUUUGCUACGAGUGCGGGUCUUAUUGUUGGUAAAGAAGGUCCAUUUGUACAUAUUUCUUGUUGUUGUGGAAAUCUUUUUUCAAAACUUUUUCCAAAAUAUGGUAAUAAUGAAGCACGUAAACGUGAAAUAUUAUCAGCAGCUGCUGCAACAGGUGUUUCAGUUGCUUUUGGUGCACCUAUUGGUGGAAUUCUAUUUAGUUUAGAAGAAAUAAGUUAUUAUUUUCCGUAUAAAACAUUAUGGCGAACAUUUCUUUGUUGUAUGAUUGGUGCACUUGUUGUACGAAUAAUAAAUCCAUAUGGUAAUGGACAUGAAAUUCAAUUUCCUGUUGAAUAUAAUGUACCAUGGGCAAUAUUUGAAGUUAUACCAUUUAUUGGUCUUGGUGCACUUGGAGGUUUAUGGGGAACAUUAUUUAUAAAAACAAAUAUACGUUGGUUAAAAUAUAAGAAAACUAGUCGAAUUGGACAAUAUCCACGUGCUGAAGUUAUUAUUUUAACUUUAAUAACAGCUAUUAUUUGUUAUCCAAAUAAUUAUUUAAGAUUAACAAUGCCUGAAUUAAUCAGACGUUUAGUUGGACAAUGCCAUGUUGAAGAUCAUAUGGAUCUAUGUGAUUAUCAACGUGAUAAACCAAUUGGAACAGCAACAGCUAAAUUAUAUGCUGCUUUCGCUGGUCCUGGUCUUCAUCGUGCUAUAUGGCAAUUAUUUUGGGCAUUAAUUGUUCAAGUAAUACUUAUUAUAUUUACAAUUGGUAUUAAAGUUCCAUCAGGUUUAAUUGUUCCUAGUAUAUCAAUAGGAGCUAUUGCUGGUCGUCUAAUUGGUAUUAUAACAGAACAAAUAGCAUUUCAAAAUCAACAUUUAGCUAUAUUAAGACGUGAAUGUGGUGUAUCAAAUGAGCAUUGUGUUACACCUGGACUUUAUGCUGUUGUCGGUGCAUGUGCAUUUUUAGGUGGAGUUAGUCGAAUGACUGUUUCUCUUGUUGUUAUUAUGAGUGAAGUAACUGGUGGAUUAUCUUAUAUUGUUCCAUUGAUGAUUUCAGCAUUAACAGCAAAAUGGGUGGGUGAUGCAUUUGGUGAAGGAAUCUAUGAAGAGAAUGUUAAAUUAAGUGGUUAUCCAUAUUUAGAAAAUCGUGAAAGUUUUCGAUUUACUUUAAAAGCAGGUGAAGCAAUUCGUGCAAAUCGUUCAGGUGAACCAAUUCCAUUAGCAUGUAUAUAUCAAGAUGGUAUGACAAUUGCACAAAUUGAUUUACUUGUACGUCGUCAUCCCCAUUCAAUUUAUCCAGUUGUUAUUAGUGAAGAUUUUCCUUGUAUUGUUGGUCAAGUUCAACGAAGAGAUUUAUUAGCUGUACUUAAAUCACGUAAAACUCAAUUAACAUUUACACAUACAAAACCAUUACUUAAUAGAAAAGUAUCUGUUGUAUCAAUGUCAAAUUUAUUAAAUAAAUCAGGUCAACCAUCAACAUUAGGAAUGAGACGUGCAUCAAUAGCUUUACAAGCAUCAAAAACUUUACAAUUACAUAAAUUAGUUGAUCGUGCACCAAUUCUUGUUACGGAUCAAACACCAAUGGAAGCAGUCAUAGAUAUGUUUAGAAAAUUAGGUUGUCGACAAAUAUUUGUGACGAAAAAUGGUCAUCUUCAAGGUAUUUUAACUCGAAAAGAUAUUAUUCGAUUGAUGCAUGAAGCAAAUGUAUCAGACAAAUUUGAACGUUAG